UAUCGGUACCUUGUUGAAGAAGUGAGUAUCGCACAGAGUGUCGUACACACGGACAUAUGUUUUCGUACAGUUGUACCGAAUAGCCAACGAACAAGCGUCACUACUCACAAUAGAAAAUGCAGAUCCUUACCUACGUUUGCUGACAAUUAGGUAUUCAAAUUUGAGUUUGUGAAUAAACUGCUGUGGAUUUGGACAGUCGGAUUACCGAAGUUAAAACGAGGGUGCAUGGAAUCGUUUGAACGUAGAGAAAAACAAUGCAACCACCACCAAUAGCAGUAACAUCUGGAAAAGUGCCAGUUUUCGUCUUUCCUCAAAGCAUUACGUUUUACCUGGAUGAUCAGUCGACUCAUAAACAAGUUCUCACCCUAUACAACCCUUACGAUAUACCGAUAAAAUUCAAAGUGCUGAGCACGGCGCCUAAUAAAUACAAAGUCAUUGAUCCUGAAGGAAUACUCAAAGCACAUUGCUUUGUCGACAUAGUUGUAAGGCACACAGCUCUCACAAUAGCAAACUGUAACGUGGUCGAUAAGUUUAGAAUAAAAAUGCAGGAACAUCCAUCAAAGCAGGGAAUAGGUAAACGAGACGUGGAAGCAAGACUUUUAAGUGGAACGUAUGAAUCUAUCGAGAGAAGUAACCUGGAACAGGAAAUGUUUCAACACUUACCAACUAACGAAGGAAAGCAGCAAACUUCCUAUGCGCUUACACCUCAGAAUAAACAAAUUGAUAGAGGGACAAAUUAUGUGGCGUUAGUAGCUGGCAUUGUUUGCAUAGCGGCGCUUCUCUUGCCUACCGAAGGGGAGCACAGUCCUAGAAUUCCUGACUAUCUACAUCUCUCCGUUAACUUCAAGCUUAUAUUUUCAUUUGUAUUAGAUGUUGUUCUCAAAUAUUCUUACAAUUUCAAGAUUUGUCACUUAUCAUUCAAUUUCGUGAAAACCAGCUUGGAACUCCCGACGUUGGGCUACGGCUGCGUAUGAUUUAUUCGAAUUUCGUCAAAGAUCCGCUCACGGAUGAUUACCGGAAGUUGGGUCUGGGAUCGAACGUACCGGUUGUCCGGUUCGUAGGUAUAAUACCGGAACUCGCAUCACUUCCGUCAAGUUCGAGAAGGGGAAUAACGGCAAAUAACGUACCAUUGUGACGCCGAACAAGAAUCUCGAACUCGAAUCAGUCGGCGAAAAUACGCGCGAUAACGUCUCCAGUAUCUAAGAGACUAAAGAUAUCAAGAAAGCCGAAUCUGUAUCGUCGUCGUCUAUAACGUGAAGUUAGAGGUCGAAAAAAUGAGUAAUUUACCACCGAAAAAUAUAUCAGAAGGUUACUACAAACCGUGGGGAUGUCAUCAGAAAAUUUUGGCUAUGCAUCGUUUCGUGAGCGUUGUAGAACUCUUCGAUGUGUUACACGAAGCAAAAAGAACUGUGUUACGCGAAGCAAAGAGAACUAUUUUCAAAAAAUCUGCAAACAACCCGGUGCAUCGUUUCAAAACCUUGAGUUACAUAUAUCCAGUGGCUAGAACAAAACGAUUUCCCGAAGACGUGGUGUUAGUAAACAUAAGCACUGGUGGUGUUGCCAAAUUAUUGGACGCAAUGAUUCGGGCGUCUGAUGGGUCUGAUGACAGCGAUUCAUAUUUUGAUGAUGGAAACAUAUAUGACGUAAUACAUUAUCUAAGUUCAAACGAUCCCCAAAAGUUGAGAGAUGGCGGUGUGUGGGAUCGCGAAGCUUUUGAAUCCUACGAAGGACUGAUGUGGGUCAACCACCAACAAAGUGAAUAAAGAAAAGAAAUGAUGUUUCCUGUUGUGGAAAUGUGAGUAAAGAGAGACUCGCAUCAAAACAUCAAUUAAAUAUUGACCAAAUAAUAUACUAAAUUGCAACACCGAUACAGCCAUAUCGAAUGUGACGGAGAUCAGUGUAUAUUGGGAAAGAGAAUUCAAAAACCUAGUAGGAUAUCAUUCGAAACUGAUGAUUAUUUUUUGUCCCUUCCUUAAACUUAUGGUUUAGUUGUUUAAGUAAAGGUAAAGUGUAAUAAUUUUGUUUGCCUUGUCUUCUAUUUUAUAUUAUUACUAUAAUAAAGAUGC